AUGAGUGGAGACGAGAUGCGGUCCAGCUACCGAUCUCAGAUGACAUCUUCGAGCGCGCAGGGCACGUACGUGACGGAAAGAAGCAGUGUUCUGACCAAGAACAGCUCAGUCCCUUCUCUGUACGCUAACGGCGAAGAGCUUAGUGUCGACGACGUGAUGGGCAUGUACGAGAAAGGCUUUCAAGACUCGAGCCCCGAAGACAACGACGAUAGCCCGGUACCGGCGUCCGAGAUCAACAAGCGCAAUACGAGAAUGCUCGAAGUCUUGAGUCAGCCGUUGACGAUGCCUGCAAAUUCACUAGCCGUUCCUGUUUCAGAGACCGUUGUCCGCCAAUCGGUCGAUAUGUUCAGAGUAUCCGAAUACCCUUCGUCUUUGCCCAAAGAGGUUGGUUUGCUGGACGACGACCAGGGAGACGAAGAGGAGGACGAUGACGAUGAAAAGGAUGACGAGGUGGACGAAAAAGAGAAAAGAGACUCGGCAAAGUCUCUUCAGAAUGAAAAAGACUCGCUAACCCCGUCGCCGAAAAUGAGCAGCCCAACAACGUCUUCGAUGCAAACUGCUGUUGAGCCCGAAGAAAUCGAGGAACCUGGUGCUCGGGAUCGAUACGGAUUCAAAAAGGCCAAUCAGUACAUCACCAGGGAACAAUACGACAACUGGGACAAGGGCUAUUCUCAGUAUUUGGACAGGAGACGUAAGAAAUGGACCGCCUUCUUGAAAGAGAAUGGCCUCAUGACGGACCGUCCACAGCGGUUCCCACCUCACAGUGCCAAGGCCAAACGGUUUAUCCGCAAAGGCAUUCCUCCCGAAUGGAGAGGUGCCGCUUGGUUCUAUUACGCCGGAGGCCCUGCUAUAUUGGCCAAGCACUCCGGUUUGUACGAUCAACUACUGCAGAAGAAGGCAAAAGAUGUCGACGUGGAGGCCAUUGAGCGAGAUUUGCACCGAACAUUUCCGGACAACAUCAAGUUCAAGCCUGCGAGCAUGGCUGGAAAGCCGAACGUAGAGCCUGAGAGGAAGGGCGAGGAUGACGACGAGAAGAAGCCUUCGGACACGAAUGAGCCCCAGAUUAUCUCGUCCCUGAGGAGAGUUCUACACGCAUUCGCCAUCUACAACCCUCGCAUCGGCUACUGUCAGAGUCUGAACUUCCUCGCUGGUUUGCUGCUUCUGUUCAUGGAUUCAGAGGAGCAAUGUUUUUGGCUGUUGAACGUCAUUACACGGCUGUACCUGCCAGGCACCCACGAGAUGAGUCUCGAAGGAUCUAAGGUUGAUCUAGGUGUUCUGAUGAAUGCCAUUCGAGAGUCCAUGCCCGCAGUAUGGGCCAAGAUUGGCGACGAUUUGGAAGGUGACCCCAACGCACCGCGUCCUGCGAAGCCAGUAAAGAAGCCCAGAUCUCGGAGGAAGAACCAACCCAGCAUCUCUUCGAAUCGUCUGCCGCCAAUCACACUGUGUAUGACGGCGUGGUUCAUGAGUUGCUUCAUCGGCACUCUUCCCAUCGAAAGCACACUCCGCGUGUGGGACGUCUUUUUCUACGAAGGCUCCAAGACGCUCUUCCGCAUCGCUCUUGCCAUUUUCAAACUUGGCGAAGACGAGGUUCGGGCCGUCGCUGAUCCCAUGGAAAUGUUUUCUACUGUUCAAGCCAUGCCCCGCCGGCUGUUAGACGCCAACGCCCUCAUGGAGGCGACUUUCAAACGUCGCAACGGGUUUGGUCAUAUCAGCCAAGACACCAUUGACAGUCAACGACAAGAGAGACGUGACAAGGUGCAGACGGAAGGUGCUCGGGCGGCCACGUAUGCCGUGGGCAGCGGAAACGCAGUCGACGACGGCGAGGUGCGCAGGAAGAACACCAUUUUCGGACGGAGGAAGCUGGGCAGAUCAGCCGAGGUGAUGUGA